UCUCUCUCUUCUUUUGACGAAUUCUCCUCUGAGAUUGUAUGAAGUUCGGAAAAACUUCAAUCAUAUGUUAGAUUUCUUUUCUAUUUUGAUGAUUCUAACGCAAUCUAGAUCUCCAAAUUCUCCAUUGCAGACCCGAAGAUCGAUCCCUCGGGUUUGAAUCAAUCUACUUUUUCAAUCCACAUUUCCGUGAUCUGGAUCGCUUCCCAUUCGUAGGCGAAUCCUCCAUCCGUUGUUCGAUUGAUGCGUUCGUACUCGAUUCGUAUUCCGUUUGACAGUCUUGAUCCUUGCGGGGAUUCGUUGCUCAAUCGAUUCGUUUCAAUUCGAUCGAAGUUCUUGAUACCGAAUUCGCUUCUUGUAUCUGCAUUCGACCGGUUUUUUUUUUUUUUUUUCAGAAUUGAGAGUUCAGUUCAUUUCCUAGUUGGCAGUGGAUAUGAGAAGCCCUUGGGCCCACCAGUCUUUCUUCAGUUCCCGCCGGGGCCUGCCGCUGAAUGGGGUGCUCCUGUGCAUCGUCAGCGUCCUUCUGUUGAUCGCAAUAUUCAGGUCGCCAUCUUCGAGAUCCUUGGAUUCGGCGGUUUCAUCACCUGCAUCUGAAGCUUAUCGGAGUUACAGAAGGCUGAGGGAGGAGGCGGCAAGUAAUUUCAUGGAGAUUAGGUCGCUCUCGCUUGGGAUGAGUCGCACGGGAGAGCUUGAUCUCUGUGGUAAGGAGAGAGAGAACUAUGUUCCUUGCUACAAUGUCUCUGCGAACCAAUUGUCAGGGUUCCGCAAUGGGGAGGAAUUUGAUCGGCAUUGUGAAGUUGCGGGGGUGGGUCCCCGGUGCCUGGUCCGUUCCCCCAAGGAUUACAAGAUCCCGCUGAGGUGGCCUGCCGGUAGGGAUGUCAUAUGGAGCGGGAAUGUGAAGAUCACCAACAAUCAGUUCCUUUCUUCUGGAAGCAUGACAAAGAGGUUAAUGUUGCUGGAGGAGAAUCAAAUUGCUUUCCAAUCUGAAGAUGGAACGAACAUUGAUGGUGUUAAAUAUUACUCCCGCCAGAUAGCAGAGAUGAUAGGGUUGGGAAGUGAUGCCGAAUUUCUUCAAGCUGGUGUCUCCACUGUAUUGGAUAUUGGCUGUGGAUUUGGUAGCUUCGGAGCUCAUUUGUUCUCUCUAAAUCUGAUGACUAUUUGUAUAGCUGCUUAUGAGAUAUUUGGAAGUCCAGUCCAGCUGGCCCUUGAGAGGGGUCUUCCUGCAAUGAUUGGCAGCUUCAUUUCAAGGCAACUUCCAUAUCCAUCACUGUCGUUUGAUAUGGUUCACUGUGCUCAGUGUGGAAUUAUCUGGGACCAGAAAGAUGGAGCAUUCCUUAUAGAAGUGGACCGUGUACUCAAGCCUGGUGGUUACUUUGUUUUGACAUCACCCACAAGCAAACCUCAAGCAUCUUCACUGAAUGCAAAGAACAGAAUCAUGUUCACACCAAUUGAGGAAUUUACAGGAAAAAUCUGUUGGAGCCUUUUAGCACAGCAAGAGGAGACUUUCGUUUGGCAGAAAACUGCAGAUGUUAAUUGCUAUGCAUCUCGCAAGCAGGGUGGUAUACCUCUUUGUAAAGAUGAGAAUGACGAAACAUAUUACCAGCCCCUCCUCUCAUGUAUAAGUGGAACUACUAGCAAUCGUUGGGUUCCCGUACAGAACAGGUCCCACAGGCCUUUCGACUCUCAACUGAGCUCAGAUGAACUUGCAGUCCACGGUGUAUAUCCUGAAGAUUUUCUUGAAGAUUCACGUGUUUGGAGUUCAGCUUUGAAAAACUAUUGGUCUUUGCUUACGCCCUUGAUCUUUUCAGACCAUCCAAAGAGGCCAGGUGAUGAAGAUCCAUUACCUCCAUUUAACAUGAUACGCAAUGUUAUGGACAUGAAUGCUCAUUAUGGAGGAUUAAAUGCUGCAUUUCUGGAGGCAAGAAAAUCAGUCUGGGUUAUGAAUGUUGUGCCCAUCAGGACAUCCGAUACGCUUCCUCUGAUACUCAACCGAGGCUUUGCCGGUGUUUUGCAUGACUGGUGUGAACCCUUCCCUACAUACCCUCGGACAUAUGACAUGCUUCACGCAAUGGGGCUCCUGUCACACUUGCUUGAUUUGAAAGAGUGUGACAUAUCCAGCCUAUUCUUGGAGAUGGAUCGGAUUCUACGCCCUGAGGGAUGGGUUGUCUUGUGUGAUAAAGUACAAGUGAUAGAGAAAGCACGCUACCUUGCAACACAGAAUCGUUGGGAGGCACGGGUUAUUGAACUUCAGAAUGACAACGACCAGAGGCUCCUAGUUUGCCAGAAGCCAUUCUUGAAGAAGUGAUUAGAUUGGGCUCUAUAUGUUUCACUGCUGUGGGAGGAAUCCAUUCCAUCUCCGCCCCGACGGCCCACGAUCUUUCUUCAUCAUCGUCUGCUCUGAAUUUCUGACUUGAUUCAAAGACAUUGGAGAUUGGAGCACAACACGGAGGCUAUAGUCACCUAUGAUUCAUCAAGUUGAUGCCUAUCUUUUUGGUUUUGUAUUCUUCAUUCAUCCCAUUCUAUUUAUUUCUUUUCCUUCGUUCAAUUCCUGGAAUCCAAGAUACAGGAGGCAGAAAAUGUACAUUUGUGCUGUUACCUGGGUCUCGAUUCAACGUCAGAUUCCUCGUGCAGUUCUUCAGAUGUCGAUAUGUAGAAGGCAUGGCGGAAAGCAACAGAAUGUUUGAACUUAAUUUCCUUCUAUUCUUGUAAUCUAAGAAAAGACAGACUGGAAGGAUUUCAAUGCUGUAUUCAAAUUUCAGCCUGGCUUUGUAUGAAUUUCUGGUAAGGAUUUUGAGAGAACUCAUUGUGUAUGAUACACAGGCGUUUUCAUC